AUGGCGUACGACUGCUAUUGUGCCAUCUGCGGCGUGGGCUUCUGUGGAAUGCACAUCGAAACCCCGUCGCAGACGUCGCUGGAACGCCGGCAACGGUGGAUCGAGAAGCGAUAUCGUGCGAGGGAAGCCAGCAAAAACAACAAUUGCCAGGUUCCCCACGAUCCCAGCGAGGACCACGACGAUCCUGUCCGCAGUUACGACCCCCGCCUGGUCGGCUGGGACAAUAUCUCCUGGCUCUACAAGGCGUAUUGUCUGGGGUCCAACCCGCAGCCGUCGGGGAAGACCAAAAUCCAACACCACCACAACCACCACCACCGCCCAGAAACGCAGUGUCUUUGCAUGGUUUGGCGCCCUGACUCGUGCCCUGCAAACGCAAUUAACCUUACUUUCCAAAGCUACGGCUCCGGGUCCGGCGACACCCCGGGCCCCGUCAUCCCCUUCCACUGGUGCUGCUUCGAGAUCCUAGCCCGGGCCCUGACCGGCUCGCCCAGCCCCGACCAUGUCGACAUGGAGGUGCUGUAUGCGGUCAUGAUGGACCUGUGCAACAUGACCGGCUCGGCCCUGCACCUGAGCUACGGCACCGAGGUCCACGAGUCGCAGGGCCGCUACUGGGAGUGCAUUCCCGGCGCCGAGGCAAGCCGCCCGUUGACGCAUCCUGCAUGGGGCCAUCGUUUUCUUACCAAGAUCGUGCAGAUCGUCACGCAGCAUAACUACUUCUGGGAGAAGGCUGUCCAGUAUAAUAUGCCGUGGCUGUGGGAGUUUCACGCCCUCAAGCUUGAGAAGACGCUGCCGGAGGACCUCAACUACAAGCGUCUGUACCUGUGGCUGGACAAGAUGACCGCCCCGCGGUACGGUAUGGACGACCUGGCGCUGACGGGCGUGGCCAACCGCCGCCGCAUCUGGGGCGUGUGUCAGCAGCUGGCGCCGCGCUAUUUCAAGGGUUUGAAGCAGGCGCGGAAGCAGACGUGA